CAGCGGCAUGUUGGAAUUAAAUUUUAGCUGGUGUGCUUUAUACAGUCUAUGGUUGGACGUCGUUAGCCGUCGAGCAGGUUUGCAAGGUCCGGUCUGUCCAUGUACAAAUCCCUGAAAGUGUUCAGUUUCAUGGAAAUCAAGUAUGUGAACAGAAAUGACGGUUUGGGGUGGCCGCUGGCCGCUCCUGAUGCCCCGCAGAACCCAAACGAGAAACCCAAAGUCGAAGCAACAGCUACAGUUCGUCCAAGCGCCUCUGGAUGGAGCCUAUCAUCCGUACGGGCCAAAAGUGCGAUGUGCUCGUAACCCCAAAAUCUUCCUGUCGGAGGAACAGCAUCAGAGCAGCACUGCCCAUUCUUGGGUAACGCCUCAGUUUGACGCCAGCAUGAUGAGCCUGGCUCUGCAUCCACGCAGAAGAAGAGGGACGAAGAAGAGCUGCUCCGACCGGAGUGCUCUGGACGGUGGUUCACUGCUGUCUCUGACGCGACACAGGAAGGCCAGCGUCUGCAAGUUCCCCGCCCUGUCCUUUGAGAAGCACGCCGCUGCCCCCCCACGCCCUCCCGUCGCAAGGCACGGAGAGAAGGCUAAACCGGGCGGGGCCCGGGCGGACGAGCGCACCUCAGAGCCUGUUGGCAGAGGGCCGUCUCCGAAUUGCAACACUGAGACACUGCGGCGCCUUCCCUCCGUUUGGAAAGGGAGUGCACAAGACGCAGCGGCAUUCAAAUUGACCCCAGCCGCAGCUGUGUCCCACACAGGGGACCGUACCAUUAAUACCCCUGUGGGGGGCAACCGGCCCUCCUUCACAGACGAUGGAUUCACCCCCCCUGAUAUAGAGACUCCAGACGCGUUACCGCAGAGCAGGACUUGCGGUGCUACAGAGGCGACUUGCCUGUCCAGGCUCCGCCUCCUUUUCCCCCCGACGCCCUUGCAGGCCCCACCCCCUCCUGUGCUGGUGAGUGACACUCCAGAAGAGCACUAUGGGAAGAACUGGAGGCGGAGCCGGCUGAGCUUCCUGUAGGACUAAGGGCAGCAGGUCAACGCCCUUGAAAGGUGCAGGUUUUAGCCCCUGGUGCUUACUGCCCGAGUAAGAGCAAAAUAGCUGCCAGUCGAAUAAUCAUGGAAAUUCUAGACUAAUCGCUAUGCAAAGUGUGAUCAGCUGUAUUAUGAAAUGGAAACCUUUUGAAAAUGGUGUGCUGCAGUUGGCUACCGAUGGGUAACUACGAUGCAUCCAUUGCCCUUUGUGUAUGGAGUUAGAGGUUUUUUAUUUGUAGGCACACUGGCUGCAUUAAUCAAACAAAUGAAGUCUGAGUCAGAGCCUUUUGUUAAUAAAGAAGUGCACUAAUAAUAUU